AUGCGCAUCAAGGACAACCUGUGGCAGGAGGCGUGGGCCACCUGCAAGCCGGUGCCGGCGCGGCGCCAGCGGCGGCUGUUCGACGAGACGCGCGAGGCUGAGCGGCUGCUGCACCAGCUGUUGGUGGAAGAAUUGGAGCCUGAUGACCUUGCCGCGGUGGGGCAGCAGCUGGGAGAGGCGGCCCGCCGUCUGCAGUCGGCCGCCAAGGCUGACUGGGAGGCCAGCGCCUAUAGCGCGGUGGGUGAGCUGCUAGCCCGGUGUGAGCAUCACGUGCUGAGGCGCCGCUCGCUGGUGCUGAAGCUGGAGGGCGUCCAGGACAAGGACAAGUUUGUGCAGCAGCUGAUAGGUGGCGCUGAGGUGGCGGUGCCGGGCGGUGCCAACGGAGGUGCUGCCCGCCAUCUCGAGAAGAUGCUGACUGCCAGACAGGGCCUGCCGCCGCCCGUCACCAAGGAGUACAUCCUGCGCGUGACGUGCGCCCGUCCAGGGCCCGGCUCGCGGCCGCUGGCGCAGCGGCUGCGCUGCCUCAUCUCCGACCAGCUCUUCCGCGUGACAGCCUCGCUCAGCCAGGACACCAUGUUCAGCUAG